AUAGGUACUUACUUGGUUUGUACCGCUCAUUGUUAGCGUGACAGUAAGUUGCUUAAGUUAUUUGUGUUUACAUUAACACAAUAAUCAUAAUACCUCUAGGUAUCUAAUUAGUUAAAGGUAGAGUUAACGAGUAUUAAGUCUAUAAUGGCUUCGGAAGGUCGCCAGUUGUUUUUAAGUAAGCGUAUUGUAACUGAAAGUGAAAUAAUAGACGGAGGAAUAGUGGUCAGUGAUGGGAUAAUUGAAAAAAUUCUAACAAGAAAAGAUGUUGACAAAUUUAUUGGCAAUAAUGAUAAUAUUAAGAUAAUUGACGGUGGUGAGUGGGCGUUGCUCGCUGGAGUGGUGGACUCUCAUGUCCACGUGAAUGAACCUGGACGCACAGCAUGGGAGGGGUUCGAAACUGCUACGAGAGCGGCAGCUGCCGGUGGAAUAACUACUAUCGUAGAUAUGCCUCUGAAUUCAAUUCCUCCAACUACGACUGUAGACAAUCUUAAAACGAAGGCGAACGCAGCUGAUGGUCAUAUUUACGUUGAUGUCGGCUUUUGGGGAGGAGUCAUUCCCGGUAACCAGGAUUCCCUCCGAGAUCUUGUAAAGGCUGGAGUAGUAGGGUUCAAAUGUUUCCUCUGUCCGAGCGGAGUGGAUGAGUUUCCUAAUGUCUCUGCCAAAGAUCUGGAAAAGGCGUUCGAAGCCCUUGAAGGAACGGGUUCUGUUCUGGCGUUCCACGCUGAAAUUGAAGAAGAUAAUGAACCUGCAAAAAAGAAAAAGACCAAGAAAGAUCCUGAAGAAUACAAAACGUAUCUAGAUUCGCGUCCACCGAAUAUGGAGUUAAAUGCGAUUUCUCUUAUUACCAGUUUCAUAGAAAAAACAGACGUCCGAGUCCAUAUCGUCCACGUAUCAUCAGCGGACGUCGUUCCACUGCUGGAGAAAGCCCGUAAAGUCCGGCUGGCGGCUGGUUACGAGGGCUGGCGGUGCGGCAUCACUGCGGAGACCUGCCAUCAUUACCUCACGCUCAGCGCCGAGGAGGUCCCACGAGGCCAUAGCGAAUACAAGUGCGCUCCCCCUAUUAGAAAUCAUGAAAAUAAGGAAAAAUUGUGGAAACAUUUACUGGAUGAUAAAUUGGAUAUGGUCGUAUCCGAUCACUCGCCCUGUACCCCGGAACUAAAGUGCAGCAACAAUUUAGAAGCUUGGGGUGGCAUUUCUUCAGUUCAAUUUGGUUUAUCCAUAUUCUGGACAAAUGCUAGCGGACGAGGACUAGACCUGCAAACAAUUAGCAAAUAUUUGAGUUUGAAUCCUGCUAAGUUGUGUGGUCUUCAAAAUCGUAAGGGGGCCUUGAAGACUGGUCUGGAUGCCGACCUCGUGUUUUUAGACCCCGAUGCUACUUUUAUGGUCACAGCUGAUAAAAUACGCCAUAAAAAUAAGUUGACACCAUACUUGGGCAGAAAACUUAAAGGUGUGGUGAAGAAAACUUAUCUUCGCGGACAACUCAUAUACGAAGAUGGAGAACUUAUAGAAAAACCCAAUGGAUCUUUGUUGUUGAAUCACGAUUAGAUUAGCUGCCAUUACUUUAUAUACUCCAAAUAUUAUAAGUUUUAAAAAUAUAGAACAUA